AAGGCACUUCUCGCCAGCAAGCGACACAUCUUGGGAGUUACAGCAGGUUGCUGUUUACAGAUAACCUAAACUACAGAACAGAUUAGAUAGGCUUCGCGAAACAAAGAUACUGUUCGCCUACUCGGCGGCAAAUAAAGCUUUUUUUUUUAAGCUGAGUGAACAGACCCGAGGCCGAUGAGGAAGUCGGAGGGCGGCAGGCACUAUGAGAGUUCUCCGAAUGGAGGAAGGGAUCCGCAGCGCGAUCGAGACCAUCCUCGGAACAAGCGGAGAGCGGAGGACAGGAGAGACGAUCAACGUUACAGAGAGGAGAGAGACCCAAGACAGGACCGGAGGAAUGGUAGAGAAAGAGAAUACCCCGACAGAGCGAGGGACACCCCACCUUACAGGGACUCAAGGGAACCUCAAGAAACGUACACUCCGUCUCCUGUGCCCCCCACAGAAAUGGACCGUCAUGAACCACAGUUCAAAGAAGCGCUUUACAACUUCAGAUACAUUUUAACAUCAAGAGGGUUGUGCCAGGUGAUGGAUUUCUUUGUGAACAUGCUGAUAGUGAUCUGUGCGGGAGUGUCCCACAGCUCCUCUGGAGGGUACCGGAAUCUGGCCAGCCUCGGCGGGAUCUACUCUUACUACUUUGGGGGAGCCAACGCCUUCACGGGAGCCGAGGCGGACCGGGUGCAGGAGCUGGACAGGCUGUUCUACCAGCUCAAGCUGCCCCCCUACGUGUUCAGCAUGGCGGCCGGCGGGGCCCUGAUGGUCUACAGCCUGGCCGUGCUGCUGCUGGGCGUGUUUCGGGUGCCCUUCCGCUGGCCCGGGGCGCUGCUGGGGGAGGGGGUCCUGGACGGGCUCAUCUCCCUGGGGUACAUCCCUGCGCUGGCCUUCUACUUCAUCAAGAUCCAGGAGAGCUACAACUCCCCCAUCUGCAAGGAGCGGGAGGAGCUGUACAAGAGCAAAGGCCACCAGGGCUUCGAGUGCCAGCUGCAUGGGGCGGACAUCGCCGGGGGGCUGUUCGGCGUGCUGGGGGUCAUCGCCUUCGCCUUCAGCGCCGUGCUCGCCAUCCGGGCCUUCAGGGAGGUGCGGGAGCGCAAGAGGCGCCGGGCCCAGCAGAACAUUUAGACCCGGUUCCUGUCCCCCCAGUCACGACAGCUGGGAGGACUACCAGCUUUAUCGUUCAUUUAUACAACAUUUUCCAUUCGGAGCCUGUAGCCUAGUGGCUAUGGUACAUGACUGAGGCAGCCUGUAGCCUAGUGGCUAAGGUACAUGACUGGGGCAGCCUGUAGCCUCGUGGCUAUGGUACAUGACUGGGACAGCCUGUAGCCUAGUGGCUAAGGUACAUGACUGGGGCAGCCUGUAGCCUCGUGGCUAUGGUACAUGACUGGGACAGCCUGUAGCCUCGUGGCUAUGGUACAUGACUGGGGCAGCUUGUAGCCUUGUGGCUAAGGUACAUGACUGGGACAGCCUGUAGCCUAGUGGCUAUGGUACAUGACUGGGACAGCCUGUAGCCUUGUGGCUAAGGUACAUGACUGGGGCAGCCUGUAGCCUAGUGGCAAAGGUACAUGACUGGGACAGCCUGUAGCCUUGUGGCUAAGGUACAUGACUGGGACAGCCUGUAGCCUUGUGGCUAUGGUACAUGACUGGGACAGCCUGUAGCCUUGUGGCUACGAUGAGCAGCGAUGAGAUCUUGAGUAAGGCCCUUAACCUCACAUUGAUCCAGGGAGGAACUGGUGCAAUUUGUCUAAUCAACUUUAAGUCGCUUUGGACAAAAGCAUCAGCUAAAUAACAAAUUAUUUCAAAUUAUAGGUGGGAUUAGAACCAAUAUCUGAUCAGAGGAUAUCUAAAGAUAAUGUUUAUAUCUAGUGGAAAGACAAUUGGAGUUUUUCUUUAAAAAAAUUAAUCCAUAUUUCUUAGUCAAAGAUAUACAUCCCUCUAAUUAACUUUUGAAUUUUUCAAUGGCUACCAUUGCCACGUUUAGUUUUUUGUACACUGUAAAAUGUUUUAAAUGGUCAUUUUAUAAUGUGAAAAUCUCGUCAUUUUUAUGAACAAAAAUGAAUUUUGUAUUCGUUUUUAAAAAAAAUAAAUGCUAUAAACACA